AUGUCCGCUCACUAUGCUACGGAACCAGCGCCGACGGCUUCCGCAACUCUCCAUACCACCUUCGGGCCCCUCCACAUCGCGCUGUUCGCGAAGCAAACUCCGCUAACAUGUCGCAACUUCCUCCAACACUGCAUGGACAAUUACUACGCCGGCACAAUCUUCCACCGCGUUGUCCCAGAUUUUAUUAUCCAAGGAGGCGAUCCGACGGGCACCGGCUCCGGCGGGACAUCGAUCUACGAAUACCCCGAAUUCGAGUACGAUCCUGACGCGCGCGAUCCGAAUGAGAAGGUUGUUCUCCGAGAUGAGAUCCACAGUCGAUUACGGUUUAACCGGCGCGGGCUAGUUGGAAUGGCAAAGAGCGAGGAUGGCUCGUAUGGGAGUCAAUUUUUCAUCACCCUUGCCAAUACCGAGCGCGAGUUGAACGGGCAAUGCACGCUCUUCGGGCGCCUUGAGGGGGAUUCGCUGUACAACAUGUUGAAGAUCGCGGAGGCCGAGCGCAUCGAGGGGACCGAGCGACCUGUAUACCCGGUGAAGAUUACAUCUUGCGAAGUGGGUGAUCUGGGACCGUUCGUUGAUAAGGUUAAGAAGAGGCAGGUUGUUGCUACAGGGCCGAAGACUGAGGAGAAGCCGGCCGCGAAGAAGAAGAAGAAGGCCAAGCCCGGGAAGGCCUUGUUGAGUUUCGGAGGCGACGAUGAGGAAGACGAGGAUAUGCCUAUUCGCCCGGCGAAGCCAAAGUUCAAUCCUAUGCUUGUCACGGACACAAAGCUCCCAGAAAAGGAGUCAUCGACGAAAGGAGAGGCCUCGCAAACACGUAAACGACCUCGAUCGCCAUCGCCAAAGCGACAACCCCAACCAUCGGCUCCGCCCAAAAACCGACCAAAAACACCAGAGCCUACGAAGCAACUUCCAUUACCCAACCCUGAAUCGCCGGAACGCUCACCUUCUCCGCCACCUAAACAAUCAUUCUUAUCACGCACAAAUGCCGAGAUUGAGAAUCUCAAAGCCUCCAUGCGCCGAACCGCCCAUGCCCCAGCCGCAGAAACAAAACCAAAGUCCGCCCUUGAGGCUAUGAUCCCGCAGACUGCAAUUCGAGGACGAAAACGGCCGCCUCCAGGGAGCGUCAGCGCCUCAACCUCCGCGCCAAACGGCAUUACAGGCUUCAGCAGCAACAGCGCUGAAGCCGAGGCUCUGAAGAUGUUCAAUGCAUUCAGAGCCAAGCUAGAGAGCUCUGAUUCCCAACCCACCGCAGCUGCGGCCAAACGUUUAUCGGUAGCCAAAACCGACGCAGCGGAAGAACGGAAAGAGACGCCGGAUGAAGAUGAAGAAUCCCAAUUAUGUGACCUCCACUUCAUUGCCAACUGCCAGUCAUGCAAAUCGUGGGACAACGACGUAGAAGGCGGCGCCAACAACGGCGCAGACGACGACGUCAAUGAUAGUGGUUGGCUUAACCAUCAACUCCGUUUCGGCAAGGAUACGCUUGGUAAAGACCUGAACUGGAAACGCGAGCACCAGGACGUCGACACGUUGAUGGUUAUUGAUCCGCGCGAGAAGGAGAAGGAGCUUGCCGAUAGCUCUAGGCCUGGGACAAAACGAGUGAAGGGAAGGGGAUUAGAGAGGGAUCGGGAACGGGAGAGGAAGAAGGGGAGGGUUGGAGAUUUAGAGUGGUCGAAGAGGUGA